CGGUCCGCGACGUUCAAAGAUCAUCGGAUAUUCAAAGGCGAUUGUAUAUCUAGAAACUGACAGAAGCAUAAUAAACCUCCAAGAUGGCUUUGUUGGUCGAUAAGCUACGACCACGAACUCUUGAGUCCCUGUCUUACCACUAUGAGCUUUCCGAUCGCUUGAAAUCACUGGCUCAAAGCGGAGAUUUUCCUCACCUUCUCGUAUACGGGCCAUCAGGCGCAGGCAAAAAAACCCGUAUCAUUGCGACACUUAAGGAGCUGUACGGUCCCGGAGUUGAGAAGAUCAAGAUCGACGCCCGAGUCUUCCAAACAACAAGCAAUCGCAAACUCGAGUUCAAUAUCGUUUCAUCAGUGUACCACCUUGAGAUCACACCGUCGGAUGUUGGAACCUAUGACCGCGUCGUUGUUCAGGAAUUGCUCAAGGAGGUUGCGCAAACUCAACAGGUUGACCUCUCCGCAAAGCAACGGUUCAAGGUUGUUGUAAUCAAUGAAGCAGACCACUUGACUCGGGACGCCCAGGCAGCGUUGAGACGGACGAUGGAGAAAUACAGUCCCAAUCUUAGGUUGAUUCUUUUGGCAAACAGCACCUCGAAUAUCAUUGCGCCUAUCCGCUCCCGGACCCUGCUGGUCAGGGUUGCUGCGCCGACUGAGGAUCAAAUCUGCUCGGUUUUGAAAAAUGCUGGCGAGAAGGAAGGCUGGAAUGUGGUAGAGGGUCUAAACAAGAGGAUAGCGAAGGAAAGUGGACGCAAUCUCCGACGAGCGCUACUCAUGUUUGAGGCUAUUUAUGCUCAGAGCGAGAAAGUGACAGAGACCACCCCUAUCCCGCCUCCUGACUGGGAAGCCCUCAUUGCUUUGGUUGCAGAGGAGAUUCUGGGUGAGCGGUCACCUGCCCGUUUGCUACAAGUUCGCGCACGGCUAUAUGACCUCUUGACUCAUUGCAUACCCCCUACGACAAUUCUCAAGACCUUAACUUUCAAGCUUGUUGCCAAGGUUGAUGAUACUCUCAAGCCAGACGUGAUUAAAUGGUCUGCUUUCUACGAGCACAGGGUCAAGCAAGGCAGUAAAGUGAUCUUCCAUCUCGAAGCCUUUGUCGCCAAAUUCAUGCGCAUUUAUGAAAGCUAUUUGAUGGGCAUGGACUUCUAAUAUUGAGAAAAUAAUUGAACGAGUAAUGAUUGUAUACUAUUUAGCCAGCAUCUCAAAACUAAGAGGGCGCUCAAUGCAUUUCUGAUGGACAUCAACUCCAUUUGUCAUCAUUUACAUCACUCAAAGAUAUCUUGCAAUGCCUUGAAAGGAAAUUUUGAU